AUGUCUGAGAACGAGCGACGGUUAGUAUCGACACUGACCAGGCCCGGCGCUGGCCCACCGUUGGGCCCGUCUGACACGGAUGCAUCGGCACCUUCUGCCUCUGGCCAUGGCUCCCAAACUGCCAAACCCGGAAGGCGCCGACGCGCCGCUGAAUCGACGAACACACCUCCCAAGAACCAACACUUCUACUUUGUCGAUCAGAACUCGUCAUCCAAAGAAAAGCGUGCUCAUGUUAUGCGCCACCAUGUACAGGAAAAAAGGAAACAGCGCAAAAUGUCGCAUAGCACAACCCCCACAGAGCACAUCCCAGAUUAUAUCUCAUAUCCGGCGAAGAAAGAGGCAGAAACUGCUGAAAAGACUGGAUUAGAGUCGCGCUCGACAGCUGCGCCAAACUUCACCAAUGGGGAAACUUCGCUUCAAAUUCGAUUUUCAAAUAUGAAACCGCAACCUCAUGCUCCUGCGCUACCACCCAUUGGCUCGCCAAUCACGAUACUCGAUGCCUCGCGAAGGGAUCCGUUUUCUAGUCUCCCAAUGGAAUACGAUAAUAGCGAUAUUGAAUUGGCUGACUAUUGGAGGAACAAGUUGAUGUACUGGUCCGGACAAAACCUUCACUUGAAAAACCAGAUUUUCCGGACGGCCAUGGGACACCCUCUUUCUUUCAAGGCAGUAGUUCUGUCAUACUGCGCGCGGUGGAAAGCACAGCUGUACGGCAUGUCCGACAGCACCGAAAUCCAGCGCCAUGUUGGUCAAGCCGCGAAAAUCAUUGAUGACAUUACCUCAGGCUCGGUGCUAGUCAGAGCGGAUGAUCUUGCAAUGGCCUUGGGUGGAAUGGCCUUACACGAAGGGCGCUUCGGCAGCAAGGAACUGGCCCAGAUAUAUGUAAACCGCGCGGUCCAGGUCAUGCGACCGCGAACAGGAAGCAACAAGCCCGUGGAGGUGUUUAUUCACUACAUCCGAUAUCUGAUGAUGCCAGAAGGCCCCGAUAUUAGUUUUACCGAACAGCAAUGGCUGCUCACUUUUUUGCGAGGAGCCGAAGAUCUCAUGCGGCAACACAGCUCCCCCGAAUACCUCCUCGAAGCACCCCAUAGACUCACGGCUUUCCAGAUGGAAGGUCCUCUAUUUUCCCUGCUGUCUAGUGGGCCGCGGCCCUCCCAAGUGCCGCACGAAUCUCGUGUAUAUGUGGUUCGCGAUGCGCAUACCCAAGAGGUCAGCCGAACGGCGGCCCUCAUCUAUAUUACGGCCGCACUGUGGGAUUUCCAGAAUUCCCCAAAUAAGACCGACCGGUUCCUUCAGUUUUUAAGUACCACGACAAAACAGCACCACCUCGAUCGUGAUCCAGCUUGCGAAACCCUUUUGUGGUUGCUGCUGGAGGAAGCGCAUGAUUCUGAUUUACAAGACCCCGAACGCGGAUGGUCCACUGGCGAGCUGGUCAAGGCGCACAAACGGCUACGGCCUGACCUCCAGUUCCAGUUCAACGAGAUUCUCAUGAGCUUCUUAUCUUUUCAGACACCCAUUCGCGGUGUCAAUGCGUUUGAAGAGGAGCUUCGAAAUAGUUUACAUAAUUCUCAAUGA